GUCUCUCUCUCGCGUCUCGUUUACACCGCCUGGACAGCCUGGACAGUCUGGAAAGCCAUGACUCGACCCUUGGCAAACUCUAUUGGUCAGGCCGAUGGCCGAUAGUCGACCCGGAAAAGUAGCGCCGCCGUGCCUCUCGAGACUCGUGAGCCUCUACAGUAGAGCCUCAGCAUUGCCGUCGCCUCGCGGCCUUGCGGGGCCGACGCGCGGUGGCGGCUUGCGGCUUGCUGCGUGGAUCGUGGAUCGUGGGUUGUGGAUUGUGGCUCGUGGUCCCCCCAGCCCCAAGCAGCUCAUGACGGCUCAGAGCUUACCGCUCACGGCCUACGGCCCACGGCCCACGGCUCACGGCCCACGGCUCACGGCUCACGGCUCAUGGUUCACAGCUUCCGGCUGUCAGUGCUGCAGUGGCUGCGGCUAUGGCUGCGGUUCACGGCCCAGCGUCAUCCUCACCCCCGAGCUUAAUGCUUAGGCCCGACCCAGGAGAGUGAGACCGACGUCGUGAGCCUGCGCACGUCUGCGGGAAAGUCGAGAAGCAGAACGAGCAGAACGAGCAGAACGAGCAGAACGAGCAGAACGCACAAGGCACAAGGCAGAACGGG